AUGGAGCCGGCAGACACGGACAGCAAAGAGGAGCAAGCGCCCCAGAGGCUCACGGAGGACGCGAGGAGCCCUUGCGGCUCCCAGGUUCCCCAGGCCUCGGGCGACUCCUCGCAAGCGGCCACGUGCUCCCGCGAGCCCCCUGGGCAGCCCCUGCAGCUGCGGCCCCUGCGUGGCAGAACCUCAGGCUGUCAGAGCCCCUGCAUCCUGCCAGGAGCCUCUGCAAUCUCUGACAGCCUCCACCCCUCGCAGAGGCUCAGUGAGACCUGUCAGCCUGCAGAAGGUGCAGAGCCCGUGGACAGGUCUCCCAGCUCCCUUGGACUCGCGGACUUCAACAACACGGGCCCAAUCCUGACCAUUGACGUGGCAGGGGAAAGCCCAGAAGUCCAAAUGGGAGCCCAGCCCGAUGCAGGGGAGCCGUCUCAGGAGAAGCUGGCGGAGCAGCAAGCGUCCUGGAGCCGGCAGUGGUCAUCCCACAGCGGCCAGGACGCUGUGCCGGUUGUGCCAGCUGGCGACAGCUCGAGCCUGGUGGUGGAGACCAGCCUCCAGACACCAAGGAGGUUCCUCCAUCUCCAGGAAGCUGCCCCAAGAGAGCCCUCGACUGCCAGGAAGGGCUUUCUAAUAGCAGCUGCUCCUGGGACGCCCCUGUGUGAAGCCUCGGGCUGUAGCCCCGGCCCUCGUCAAGAGGAGAGUCCAGCCCACGACGCCGGGGACGACGACGGUGCCGCCCUGCCCCGCUGCACUGGAGCUCCUGCAGCCGCCUGUGCGCGCGGCCCUGGCCCAGCUCUGCUGCUCGCCGGCCUGUCGGCCGCCGGGCGGCAGCCACUGCCCGGCGCGCAGCAGGAAGCAGGGCAAAAGAAGCAGCUGCAGGAGCUGUACCAGCUGGGCCCGCAGCUGGGCAGCGGUGGCUUCGGCACCGUUUUCUCGGGCAUCCGCCUCUCCGAUGGGAGCCCGGUGGCCAUCAAACGUGUGGCCCGGCAGAGCGUCCUGCAGUGGGUCGAGCUGCCCGACGGCACCCGCGUGCCCAUGGAGAUCGUGCUUAUGGAGAAGGUGGGCUCUGACUGCCACAACAUCAUCCAGCUCCUCGACUGGUUUGAGCUGCCUGACAGCUUUGUGCUGGUGAUGGAGCGUCCGGAGGCAUCGCAGGAUCUCCUGCAGUUCCUGCAGGAGCACGAGUUCCUGUGCGAGGAGAUGGCGCGCUGGCUUUUCUACCAGGUGCUGGAGGCCGUGCGGCACUGCACCGCCUGCGGCGUCCUGCACCGGGACAUCAAGCCAGAGAACCUCCUCGUGGUCCCGGAGAGUGGCGACCUGAAGCUCAUCGACUUCGGUUGCGGCACCUUCCUCCAGGAGCAGGUCUUCACGCGGUUUGCCGGAACGCACGCGUACAGCCCGCCCGAGUGGAUCUGCCUUGGCUGCUACCACGGCCAUGGGGCGACCGUCUGGUCCCUGGGCGUGCUGCUGUACGUCAUGGUCUGCGGGAGCCUCCCCUUCAGGGACGACCAUGACAUCGUGCUGGGGCAGCUCUUCUUCUGGCAGCAGGUCUCUCCAGAGUGCCAACAUCUGAUCCAGUGGUGUUUGGCCAAGCACCCUGAGGACAGGCCAGAGCUGGAGGAGAUCUUGCGCCACCCUUGGGUGCAGGGCAGGCGUUUUUGAUGCCUUGCCGGAGCCUCUGCAGCACCCGCUUUCCGAGUCCCACGCAGGACUGAGGACCCCACAAAUAAAACAACAAAUCCAA